AUGGCUUCAGCUGCUCGAUCUGCGUCCCGCGCUUUCUUGCGCUCCUCCGGAGCCCGCCCUGCCGCGCGCUCGGCUCGUUUCGCUCUCCCGGCUCAGGUCCGCGCCUCUACUCGCCGCGGAUAUGCCUCUGAGGCUCCCGCCGGCAAGUCCUCCUCCUUCGGUAUCUGGGGCAUCGGUCUGGCUGUUGCCGGUGGUGCUGGUGCCUACUUCUACCUGAACGGAGAGGCUACCCCCAAGGGACCUUUCGUUCCCACCCAGGCCGACUACCAGAAGGUGUACGAUGCCAUUGCUGAUCGCCUCGCCAACGAGACCGACUAUGAUGAUGGCAGCUAUGGUCCUGUUCUUGUUCGUCUUGCCUGGCACGCCAGCGGUACCUACGAUAAGGAGACCGGUACCGGUGGCAGCAACGGUGCCACCAUGAGAUUCGCCCCGGAGUCAGACCACGGCGCAAACGCUGGUCUCAAGCACGCCCGCGACUUCCUCGAGCCUAUCAAGGCCCAGUUCCCCUGGAUCACCUACUCUGAUCUCUGGACCCUGGCUGGUUCCGCUGCCGUCCAGGAGCUGGGCGGUCCCAAGAUCCCCUGGAGACCUGGCCGUGAGGACGGUGAUAUCGCCGCCUGCACACCCGAUGGCCGUCUCCCCGAUGCCUCCAAGGACCACCGUCACAUCCGUGCUGUCUUCGGUCGUAUGGGCUUCGAUGACCGUGAGAUGGUCGCCCUUUGCGGUGCCCACUCCCUCGGUCGUGCUCACGCUGACCGCUCUGGCUUCGAUGGUCCCUGGGACUUCAGCCCUACCGUCUUCACCAAUGAGUUCUUCCGUUUGCUCGUUGAUGAGAAGUGGAACCAGCGCAAGUGGAAUGGUCCCGCUCAGUUCACUGAUAAGGGUACCUCAACUUUGAUGAUGUUGCCUACUGAUCUUGCUCUUGUUAAGGAUAAAGCUUUCAAGCAGCACGUUGAGCGUUAUGCUAAGGAUAGCGAUGUCUUCUUCCAGGAGUUUGCUGAUGUUUAUGUCAAGCUUCUUGAGUUGGGCGUUCCUUUCAAGAGCAAGCCCGAGGACCGCUUUGUUUUCAAGACCUCCGAGUAA